CUCCCCCCAGGAAGACUAUUUCCCAGAAUGCCUAGGUUCUGCGGUCAUACAAGCCUUGGUAGUGUCUGUUACUGGCGCACAAACAGGAAGUCUCCACCCCCUGAAGGACCCAGUCUGACCCAAGCAGAGAGCCCGCAGCCAGAGGGAAUGGCCCCCGGGACCCCGAGGCCCCCCUCCCAGGGGUCGAUAAAAUUCAAGGAUGUGGCUGUGGACUUCACCCAGGAAGAGUGGUGCCUAUUGGACCCUUCUCAGAAAGCGCUCUACCAGGAGGUCAUGCUGGAGAAUGUGCAGAAUCUACUCUCUGUGGGGCUUCCAGUUCCUAGAGAAAAGCUUAUGUCCUGUUUUCACCAAGGGAAAAGAUCAUGGCUGCUAGAGCAAAAAGGCCCAAGAAGCUCUUGUCCAGAGACGGAGACUAAUUUUGAAGUGAAGGAGUUGUCCACAAAGGUGAGCCUUUUUGUGGAUGGAUCUAGCCCCCAAGGAUACAUGAAUGAGAUUUCCCAUGACUUCAUUUUAAGUGAAAUUUGUGACUCUGCUAUCAAGGACUUUCCUGUGGGUAUGUCUAGGGAGCCCUAAUGGUGGAGAUAAUAGCAAGCUAAAUGGAGCAACCAGUAAAGUAACAUAUUUCUCUGUUCUUUUCCCCUCUUUUUUGAGACCCCAAGACACAAGGGGCAGACACUAUUCAUCUGCCACCCUGCCUUCCCCAGUAUGGGCUUUUCUCCUCAGCACCGCCCCUACUCCUGGGAGACCCUGCUUUCUUGCUUAGGAUCCCACAAGACAGUGUACCCACCACCUACUACCUAACAGUAAAAAUUC